AUGGCCAUGCGAGACUUCACGUUAGCUAAAGAAUUCAAGAAGAUUGUUGUCAAGCCAAGCACUAAAAUGUAUGGUGUAGAACAAUUUGAUGAUGGUGAAAUGCUGUUGAGUCCUAAAGGAAUAGUUUUCUUGGGGAAAUUACAGAACAAUGUUCAGAAGAAGAACAUGUUCUGCACAAAUUUGAAAGAAACACUCAUGGCGUGGUCCUUGCCGUGUGAUAGCACCAAUCUAGCACCAAUCUUAACUGAGCUUACUAAGAAGAUGCCCCAUCUUACCUUCGUUAAGAUAAAUGUUGAUGAACUUGAGAAAAGAGGGGGAGAUAGCAACGAAAUCGUUGAUGCUACUAUCGACCUUAUGGAGGAGAUGCAGGCAGUACCGCGGCCUGCUGUGGUGAUGAUGGCUGUAAUGGAGGACGGUUGUGGCUAUGGUGGCUGA